AUGGUGACUAAUGCAAAUAGGGAGGGGUUUUUGUCGGAGGUUCCCACUUCUAAAGAGGGCCCGAAACUAAGCCACCUCUUUUUUGCAGAUGAUAGUUUAUUGUUUUGCAGGGCAAAUCUUGCGCAAUGGAGCAAUUUGACGGCAAUUUUGAAAACUUAUGAGGAGGCAUCGGGGCAAAAAAUGAACAAUAACAAGACGUGUAUUUUUUUCAGUAAAAAUAUCUUGAAGGUUGAGAAGGACUCUAUUUUGGAGUUUGUUGGUAUCCCUGCUUUCCAUAGUUACGACAAAUACUUGGGCCUACCUGCCCUCGUGGGUCGUUCACGUGUAAAUGCUUUCAAGAGUAUCAUGGAGAGGGUGCGGAAACGACUUCAGGAUUGGAAGCUUCGUUUUCUUUCUCAAGCCGGAAAGGAAAUAUUGUUGAAGGCGGUUAUCCAAGCCAUUCCAUCAUAUUGCAUGAGUGUCUUCAUUCUUCCAAAGACUUUGUGUGUGGAGAUCAAUACUCUUAUGAGUCGCUUUUGGUGGGGGCACAAAGAGAGGGAUAAAAAAAUUGCGUGGAUGAGUUGGAGUAAAAUGGGGCUCCCUAAAGAAAGGGGAGGGAUGGGCUUUCGUGAUCUCACUUGUUUUAACAAAGCACUUUUGGCGAAACAAGUUUGGAGGAUGUGGACGGAGCCGGAUAGUUUCAUUGCCAGCAUCAUGAAAAGCAAGUACUUCCUGGAGUGCUCAAUUCUUGAGGCCCCGUUAAAGAAAACAUCAUCAUUUGCGUGGUGUAGUAUUCAAAGUUCAUGUGCUCUACUUAAGGAAGGCUUGGUAUGGCAAAUUAGAAAUGGUCAAAAAGCUCAAAUUUGGGAAGACAGGUGGCUUCUGGUCCCUUCUACUUUUCGGGUGCAAUCCCCUCCACAGUUGCUUGAUCCGAAGGCCACAGUCAAUCAACUUUUUGAUGUAGCUGGACGUGGGUGGCAGCAACCCCUGGUAGAACAAAUAUUCUUGAAAGAGGAGAGCAAGGUACCGGUGAUCGAAUCGCUGGCCAUUAGCCAUACUAAUCAAGAGGACAGGCUCAUAUGGAGGGGAACAACCAAGGGGACCUUCUCAGUCAAGAGUGCAUACCAUAUCCAAAAAGAUUGGGAGAUAGCAAAGGAGGUGGAGUGCUCAUCUCAAAAUGAGGCGGCCAAUAGUAUGUUAAAGAAAUGUGAUAGUGAUGAGUUUCAGAUGUUUGUGGGCAUUGCUAGGAGAAUUUGGCUAAGAAGGAAUACACUUAUCCAUGAAGGGUCUUUUUCUUCUCCAAAUGUGAUCGUCAAUAGUGCAACAAAUGCAAUGGGAGAAUUUCACCAAGUGCAGGAGCAGCAAUACACAGUUGCGACACAUGGGGUUUCUCCUUGCUUGAGUACGUGGUCGGCUCCUCCUCACGACUGGUUUAAAGCAAAUUGGGAUGCGGCUAUUGGAAAGCAAUCUGGCUGGGUUGGACUGGGAGCAGUUAUACGGGUUUCCCAAGGUAAUAUGGUUGCAGCUAAAAGUGUAACUCGAAAAGGCCUCAUCGAGCCAGUUGCUGCAGAAGCUUUGGCAACUCUCAUGGCUGUUCAGCUGUCCCGUGAAAUGGGUUUUUCACGUUUAUGGCUGGAGGGUGACGCGAAGACAGUUGUUGAUGCAGUGAACUCGACUGAACCAGAUUGGAGCAGAAUCGGACACUUAGUGGAUGAUAUUCGGAUGGAAAUUCAGACUUUCACUAGCUGGAAAGUGGCUUACGUUAGAAGGGAGGCCAACCAUGUAGCACAUAUGUUGGCAAGGAUGGCCACGACACAGAUUAUAGAUAGAUUGUGGACUUUUGUACCACCUGAUUGUAUUGCUGAAACCAUUGUUUCAGAGCAAACUGCUCUGUCCCAUUGA